GAUGGAAAUACAGAGAUAUCUACAGAGUUGGUUUCUCAUUCCCUUUUCUUUUUUUUUCUCCAUGGCUUUAUUCAAUGCAAAAAAUACCAAAGCUUUUCUGGCUCCCAUAUUCCUACUUGGUUUCUUCUUCAUUUCUGGCCUCGAAUUAACAGGUGCACAAUCCGUCGGUGUAUGUAAUGGAAGAAACGGCAACAAUCUACCUUCUGAUGGAGAAGUAGUAGCUCUAUACAAAAGCAGUGGCAUUGGAAGGAUGCGCAUAUAUGAACCCUAUCCACCAACUCUCGACGCCCUCAGAGGAUCGAACAUAGAACUCAUCAUCGGCAUCCUUAACGGCAACCUUCAAGGCCUCACCGACGCUGCGGCCGCAACCAACUGGGUCCAGAACAACAUAAGAAACUACUCGCCGGAUGUCAAGUUCAAAUACAUUGCCGUUGGGAACGAAGUGCAUCCUGGUGAUCCUGAAGCCCAGUAUGUUCAACCCGCCAUGCAAAACAUCCUUAAUGCCAUUGCAGCUGCCAAUUUGCAAGACCAAAUAAAGGUGACGACAGCUAUAGACACAACUUUGUUGGGCAACUCUUAUCCUCCAUCAGCAGGCUCAUUCAGCGACAGUGCAAGUUCAUACAUAGCACCAAUUAUCAGCUUUUUGGCCAGCAAUGGAGCACCCCUUCUAGUAAACGUGUAUCCCUACUUCAGCUAUGCUGGAAACCCUUCACAGAUCUCCCUUCCAUAUGCCUUAUUUACUUCACCAGGUGUUGUGGUGCAAGAUGGUAGUCUUGGAUACCGGAAUCUCUUUGAUGCAUUGCUGGAUGCUCACUACUCUGCUCUCGAGAAAGCCGGCGCGCCUAACUUGCAGAUUGUCGUAUCGGAGAGCGGCUGGCCGUCCGCAGGCGGUGAUGCGGCUAGCGUCGAUAACGCGGGGACUUACUACAACAAUUUGAUUAGUCAUGUGAAGGGUGGGACUCCAAAGAAGCCGGGACAAGCAAUAGAAACUUACUUGUAUGCCAUGUUUGAUGAAAACCAAAAGGGUGGUGCAGCAAUGGAGCAACAUUUUGGUCUCUUCCUCCCUAACGAACAACCCAAGUACCAAAUCAGUGCUUUUGCUAAAAUUGAUGGUGCACAAUCCGUCGGUGUAUGUAAUGGAAGAAACGGCAACAAUCUACCUUCUGAUGGAGAAGUAGUAGCUCUAUACAAAAGCAGUGGCAUUGGAAGGAUGCGCAUAUAUGAACCCUAUCCACCAACUCUCGACGCCCUCAGAGGAUCGAACAUAGAACUCAUCAUCGGCAUCCUUAACGGCAACCUUCAAGGCCUCACCGACGCUGCGGCCGCAACCAACUGGGUCCAGAACAACAUAAGAAACUACUCGCCGGAUGUCAAGUUCAAAUACAUUGCCGUCGGGAACGAAGUGCAUCCUGGUGAUCCUGAAGCCCAGUAUGUUCAACCCGCCAUGCAAAACAUCCUUAAUGCCAUUGCAGCUGCCAAUUUGCAAGACCAAAUAAAGGUGACGACAGCUAUAGACACAACUUUGUUGGGCAACUCUUAUCCUCCAUCAGCAGGCUCAUUCAGCGACAGUGCAAGUUCAUACAUAGCACCAAUUAUCAGCUUUUUGGCCAGCAAUGGAGCACCCCUUCUAGUAAACGUGUAUCCCUACUUCAGCUAUGCUGGAAACCCUUCACAGAUCUCCCUUCCAUAUGCCUUAUUUACUUCACCAGGUGUUGUGGUGCAAGAUGGUAGUCUUGGAUACCGGAAUCUCUUUGAUGCAUUGCUGGAUGCUCACUACUCUGCUCUCGAGAAAGCCGGCGCGCCUAACUUGCAGAUUGUCGUAUCGGAGAGCGGCUGGCCGUCCGCAGGCGGUGAUGCGGCUAGCGUCGAUAACGCGGGGACUUACUACAACAAUUUGAUUAGUCAUGUGAAGGGUGGGACUCCAAAGAAGCCGGGACAAGCAAUAGAAACUUACUUGUAUGCCAUGUUUGAUGAAAACCAAAAGGGUGGUGCAGCAAUGGAGCAACAUUUUGGUCUCUUCCUCCCUAACGAACAACCCAAGUACCAAAUCAGUGCUUUUGCUAAAAUUGAUGGUGCACAAUCCGUCGGUGUAUGUAAUGGAAGAAACGGCAACAAUCUACCUUCUGAUGGAGAAGUAGUAGCUCUAUACAAAAGCAGUGGCAUUGGAAGGAUGCGCAUAUAUGAACCCUAUCCACCAACUCUCGACGCCCUCAGAGGAUCGAACAUAGAACUCAUCAUCGGCAUCCUUAACGGCAACCUUCAAGGCCUCACCGACGCUGCGGCCGCAACCAACUGGGUCCAGAACAACAUAAGAAACUACUCGCCGGAUGUCAAGUUCAAAUACAUUGCCGUCGGGAACGAAGUGCAUCCUGGUGAUCCUGAAGCCCAGUAUGUUCAACCCGCCAUGCAAAACAUCCUUAAUGCCAUUGCAGCUGCCAAUUUGCAAGACCAAAUAAAGGUGACGACAGCUAUAGACACAACUUUGUUGGGCAACUCUUAUCCUCCAUCAGCAGGCUCAUUCAGCGACAGUGCAAGUUCAUACAUAGCACCAAUUAUCAGCUUUUUGGCCAGCAAUGGAGCACCCCUUCUAGUAAACGUGUAUCCCUACUUCAGCUAUGCUGGAAACCCUUCACAGAUCUCCCUUCCAUAUGCCUUAUUUACUUCACCAGGUGUUGUGGUGCAAGAUGGUAGUCUUGGAUACCGGAAUCUCUUUGAUGCAUUGCUGGAUGCUCACUACUCUGCUCUCGAGAAAGCCGGCGCGCCUAACUUGCAGAUUGUCGUAUCGGAGAGCGGCUGGCCGUCCGCAGGCGGUGAUGCGGCUAGCGUCGAUAACGCGGGGACUUACUACAACAAUUUGAUUAGUCAUGUGAAGGGUGGGACUCCAAAGAAGCCGGGACAAGCAAUAGAAACUUACUUGUAUGCCAUGUUUGAUGAAAACCAAAAGGGUGGUGCAGCAAUGGAGCAACAUUUUGGUCUCUUCCUCCCUAACGAACAACCCAAGUACCAAAUCAGUGCUUUUGCUAAAAUUGAUGGUGCACAAUCCGUCGGUGUAUGUAAUGGAAGAAACGGCAACAAUCUACCUUCUGAUGGAGAAGUAGUAGCUCUAUACAAAAGCAGUGGCAUUGGAAGGAUGCGCAUAUAUGAACCCUAUCCACCAACUCUCGACGCCCUCAGAGGAUCGAACAUAGAACUCAUCAUCGGCAUCCUUAACGGCAACCUUCAAGGCCUCACCGACGCUGCGGCCGCAACCAACUGGGUCCAGAACAACAUAAGAAACUACUCGCCGGAUGUCAAGUUCAAAUACAUUGCCGUCGGGAACGAAGUGCAUCCUGGUGAUCCUGAAGCCCAGUAUGUUCAACCCGCCAUGCAAAACAUCCUUAAUGCCAUUGCAGCUGCCAAUUUGCAAGACCAAAUAAAGGUGACGACAGCUAUAGACACAACUUUGUUGGGCAACUCUUAUCCUCCAUCAGCAGGCUCAUUCAGCGACAGUGCAAGUUCAUACAUAGCACCAAUUAUCAGCUUUUUGGCCAGCAAUGGAGCACCCCUUCUAGUAAACGUGUAUCCCUACUUCAGCUAUGCUGGAAACCCUUCACAGAUCUCCCUUCCAUAUGCCUUAUUUACUUCACCAGGUGUUGUGGUGCAAGAUGGUAGUCUUGGAUACCGGAAUCUCUUUGAUGCAUUGCUGGAUGCUCACUACUCUGCUCUCGAGAAAGCCGGCGCGCCUAACUUGCAGAUUGUCGUAUCGGAGAGCGGCUGGCCGUCCGCAGGCGGUGAUGCGGCUAGCGUCGAUAACGCGGGGACUUACUACAACAAUUUGAUUAGUCAUGUGAAGGGUGGGACUCCAAAGAAGCCGGGACAAGCAAUAGAAACUUACUUGUAUGCCAUGUUUGAUGAAAACCAAAAGGGUGGUGCAGCAAUGGAGCAACAUUUUGGUCUCUUCCUCCCUAACGAACAACCCAAGUACCAAAUCAGUGCUUUUGCUAAAAUUGAUGGUGCACAAUCCGUCGGUGUAUGUAAUGGAAGAAACGGCAACAAUCUACCUUCUGAUGGAGAAGUAGUAGCUCUAUACAAAAGCAGUGGCAUUGGAAGGAUGCGCAUAUAUGAACCCUAUCCACCAACUCUCGACGCCCUCAGAGGAUCGAACAUAGAACUCAUCAUCGGCAUCCUUAACGGCAACCUUCAAGGCCUCACCGACGCUGCGGCCGCAACCAACUGGGUCCAGAACAACAUAAGAAACUACUCGCCGGAUGUCAAGUUCAAAUACAUUGCCGUCGGGAACGAAGUGCAUCCUGGUGAUCCUGAAGCCCAGUAUGUUCAACCCGCCAUGCAAAACAUCCUUAAUGCCAUUGCAGCUGCCAAUUUGCAAGACCAAAUAAAGGUGACGACAGCUAUAGACACAACUUUGUUGGGCAACUCUUAUCCUCCAUCAGCAGGCUCAUUCAGCGACAGUGCAAGUUCAUACAUAGCACCAAUUAUCAGCUUUUUGGCCAGCAAUGGAGCACCCCUUCUAGUAAACGUGUAUCCCUACUUCAGCUAUGCUGGAAACCCUUCACAGAUCUCCCUUCCAUAUGCCUUAUUUACUUCACCAGGUGUUGUGGUGCAAGAUGGUAGUCUUGGAUACCGGAAUCUCUUUGAUGCAUUGCUGGAUGCUCACUACUCUGCUCUCGAGAAAGCCGGCGCGCCUAACUUGCAGAUUGUCGUAUCGGAGAGCGGCUGGCCGUCCGCAGGCGGUGAUGCGGCUAGCGUCGAUAACGCGGGGACUUACUACAACAAUUUGAUUAGUCAUGUGAAGGGUGGGACUCCAAAGAAGCCGGGACAAGCAAUAGAAACUUACUUGUAUGCCAUGUUUGAUGAAAACCAAAAGGGUGGUGCAGCAAUGGAGCAACAUUUUGGUCUCUUCCUCCCUAACGAACAACCCAAGUACCAAAUCAGUGCUUUUGCUAAAAUUGAUGGUGCACAAUCCGUCGGUGUAUGUAAUGGAAGAAACGGCAACAAUCUACCUUCUGAUGGAGAAGUAGUAGCUCUAUACAAAAGCAGUGGCAUUGGAAGGAUGCGCAUAUAUGAACCCUAUCCACCAACUCUCGACGCCCUCAGAGGAUCGAACAUAGAACUCAUCAUCGGCAUCCUUAACGGCAACCUUCAAGGCCUCACCGACGCUGCGGCCGCAACCAACUGGGUCCAGAACAACAUAAGAAACUACUCGCCGGAUGUCAAGUUCAAAUACAUUGCCGUCGGGAACGAAGUGCAUCCUGGUGAUCCUGAAGCCCAGUAUGUUCAACCCGCCAUGCAAAACAUCCUUAAUGCCAUUGCAGCUGCCAAUUUGCAAGACCAAAUAAAGGUGACGACAGCUAUAGACACAACUUUGUUGGGCAACUCUUAUCCUCCAUCAGCAGGCUCAUUCAGCGACAGUGCAAGUUCAUACAUAGCACCAAUUAUCAGCUUUUUGGCCAGCAAUGGAGCACCCCUUCUAGUAAACGUGUAUCCCUACUUCAGCUAUGCUGGAAACCCUUCACAGAUCUCCCUUCCAUAUGCCUUAUUUACUUCACCAGGUGUUGUGGUGCAAGAUGGUAGUCUUGGAUACCGGAAUCUCUUUGAUGCAUUGCUGGAUGCUCACUACUCUGCUCUCGAGAAAGCCGGCGCGCCUAACUUGCAGAUUGUCGUAUCGGAGAGCGGCUGGCCGUCCGCAGGCGGUGAUGCGGCUAGCGUCGAUAACGCGGGGACUUACUACAACAAUUUGAUUAGUCAUGUGAAGGGUGGGACUCCAAAGAAGCCGGGACAAGCAAUAGAAACUUACUUGUAUGCCAUGUUUGAUGAAAACCAAAAGGGUGGUGCAGCAAUGGAGCAACAUUUUGGUCUCUUCCUCCCUAACGAACAACCCAAGUACCAAAUCAGUGCUUUUGCUAAAAUUGAUGGUGCACAAUCCGUCGGUGUAUGUAAUGGAAGAAACGGCAACAAUCUACCUUCUGAUGGAGAAGUAGUAGCUCUAUACAAAAGCAGUGGCAUUGGAAGGAUGCGCAUAUAUGAACCCUAUCCACCAACUCUCGACGCCCUCAGAGGAUCGAACAUAGAACUCAUCAUCGGCAUCCUUAACGGCAACCUUCAAGGCCUCACCGACGCUGCGGCCGCAACCAACUGGGUCCAGAACAACAUAAGAAACUACUCGCCGGAUGUCAAGUUCAAAUACAUUGCCGUCGGGAACGAAGUGCAUCCUGGUGAUCCUGAAGCCCAGUAUGUUCAACCCGCCAUGCAAAACAUCCUUAAUGCCAUUGCAGCUGCCAAUUUGCAAGACCAAAUAAAGGUGACGACAGCUAUAGACACAACUUUGUUGGGCAACUCUUAUCCUCCAUCAGCAGGCUCAUUCAGCGACAGUGCAAGUUCAUACAUAGCACCAAUUAUCAGCUUUUUGGCCAGCAAUGGAGCACCCCUUCUAGUAAACGUGUAUCCCUACUUCAGCUAUGCUGGAAACCCUUCACAGAUCUCCCUUCCAUAUGCCUUAUUUACUUCACCAGGUGUUGUGGUGCAAGAUGGUAGUCUUGGAUACCGGAAUCUCUUUGAUGCAUUGCUGGAUGCUCACUACUCUGCUCUCGAGAAAGCCGGCGCGCCUAACUUGCAGAUUGUCGUAUCGGAGAGCGGCUGGCCGUCCGCAGGCGGUGAUGCGGCUAGCGUCGAUAACGCGGGGACUUACUACAACAAUUUGAUUAGUCAUGUGAAGGGUGGGACUCCAAAGAAGCCGGGACAAGCAAUAGAAACUUACUUGUAUGCCAUGUUUGAUGAAAACCAAAAGGGUGGUGCAGCAAUGGAGCAACAUUUUGGUCUCUUCCUCCCUAACGAACAACCCAAGUACCAAAUCAGUGCUUUUGCUAAAAUUGAUGGUGCACAAUCCGUCGGUGUAUGUAAUGGAAGAAACGGCAACAAUCUACCUUCUGAUGGAGAAGUAGUAGCUCUAUACAAAAGCAGUGGCAUUGGAAGGAUGCGCAUAUAUGAACCCUAUCCACCAACUCUCGACGCCCUCAGAGGAUCGAACAUAGAACUCAUCAUCGGCAUCCUUAACGGCAACCUUCAAGGCCUCACCGACGCUGCGGCCGCAACCAACUGGGUCCAGAACAACAUAAGAAACUACUCGCCGGAUGUCAAGUUCAAAUACAUUGCCGUCGGGAACGAAGUGCAUCCUGGUGAUCCUGAAGCCCAGUAUGUUCAACCCGCCAUGCAAAACAUCCUUAAUGCCAUUGCAGCUGCCAAUUUGCAAGACCAAAUAAAGGUGACGACAGCUAUAGACACAACUUUGUUGGGCAACUCUUAUCCUCCAUCAGCAGGCUCAUUCAGCGACAGUGCAAGUUCAUACAUAGCACCAAUUAUCAGCUUUUUGGCCAGCAAUGGAGCACCCCUUCUAGUAAACGUGUAUCCCUACUUCAGCUAUGCUGGAAACCCUUCACAGAUCUCCCUUCCAUAUGCCUUAUUUACUUCACCAGGUGUUGUGGUGCAAGAUGGUAGUCUUGGAUACCGGAAUCUCUUUGAUGCAUUGCUGGAUGCUCACUACUCUGCUCUCGAGAAAGCCGGCGCGCCUAACUUGCAGAUUGUCGUAUCGGAGAGCGGCUGGCCGUCCGCAGGCGGUGAUGCGGCUAGCGUCGAUAACGCGGGGACUUACUACAACAAUUUGAUUAGUCAUGUGAAGGGUGGGACUCCAAAGAAGCCGGGACAAGCAAUAGAAACUUACUUGUAUGCCAUGUUUGAUGAAAACCAAAAGGGUGGUGCAGCAAUGGAGCAACAUUUUGGUCUCUUCCUCCCUAACGAACAACCCAAGUACCAAAUCAGUGCUUUUGCUAAAAUUGAUGGUGCACAAUCCGUCGGUGUAUGUAAUGGAAGAAACGGCAACAAUCUACCUUCUGAUGGAGAAGUAGUAGCUCUAUACAAAAGCAGUGGCAUUGGAAGGAUGCGCAUAUAUGAACCCUAUCCACCAACUCUCGACGCCCUCAGAGGAUCGAACAUAGAACUCAUCAUCGGCAUCCUUAACGGCAACCUUCAAGGCCUCACCGACGCUGCGGCCGCAACCAACUGGGUCCAGAACAACAUAAGAAACUACUCGCCGGAUGUCAAGUUCAAAUACAUUGCCGUCGGGAACGAAGUGCAUCCUGGUGAUCCUGAAGCCCAGUAUGUUCAACCCGCCAUGCAAAACAUCCUUAAUGCCAUUGCAGCUGCCAAUUUGCAAGACCAAAUAAAGGUGACGACAGCUAUAGACACAACUUUGUUGGGCAACUCUUAUCCUCCAUCAGCAGGCUCAUUCAGCGACAGUGCAAGUUCAUACAUAGCACCAAUUAUCAGCUUUUUGGCCAGCAAUGGAGCACCCCUUCUAGUAAACGUGUAUCCCUACUUCAGCUAUGCUGGAAACCCUUCACAGAUCUCCCUUCCAUAUGCCUUAUUUACUUCACCAGGUGUUGUGGUGCAAGAUGGUAGUCUUGGAUACCGGAAUCUCUUUGAUGCAUUGCUGGAUGCUCACUACUCUGCUCUCGAGAAAGCCGGCGCGCCUAACUUGCAGAUUGUCGUAUCGGAGAGCGGCUGGCCGUCCGCAGGCGGUGAUGCGGCUAGCGUCGAUAACGCGGGGACUUACUACAACAAUUUGAUUAGUCAUGUGAAGGGUGGGACUCCAAAGAAGCCGGGACAAGCAAUAGAAACUUACUUGUAUGCCAUGUUUGAUGAAAACCAAAAGGGUGGUGCAGCAAUGGAGCAACAUUUUGGUCUCUUCCUCCCUAACGAACAACCCAAGUACCAAAUCAGUGCUUUUGCUAAAAUUGAUGGUGCACAAUCCGUCGGUGUAUGUAAUGGAAGAAACGGCAACAAUCUACCUUCUGAUGGAGAAGUAGUAGCUCUAUACAAAAGCAGUGGCAUUGGAAGGAUGCGCAUAUAUGAACCCUAUCCACCAACUCUCGACGCCCUCAGAGGAUCGAACAUAGAACUCAUCAUCGGCAUCCUUAACGGCAACCUUCAAGGCCUCACCGACGCUGCGGCCGCAACCAACUGGGUCCAGAACAACAUAAGAAACUACUCGCCGGAUGUCAAGUUCAAAUACAUUGCCGUCGGGAACGAAGUGCAUCCUGGUGAUCCUGAAGCCCAGUAUGUUCAACCCGCCAUGCAAAACAUCCUUAAUGCCAUUGCAGCUGCCAAUUUGCAAGACCAAAUAAAGGUGACGACAGCUAUAGACACAACUUUGUUGGGCAACUAUUAUCCUCCAUCAGCAGGCUCAUUCAGCGACAGUGCAAGUUCAUACAUAACACCAAUUAUCAACUUUUUGAACAACAAUGGAGCACCCCUUCUAGUAAACGUGUAUCCCUACUUCAGCUAUACUGGAAACCCUUCACAGAUCUCCCUUCCCUAUGCCUUAUUUACUUCACCAGGUGUUGUGGUGCAAGAUGGUAGUCUUGGAUACCAAAAUCUCUUUGAUGCAUUGCUGGAUGCUCACUACUCUGCUCUCGAGAAAGCCGGCGUGCCUAACUUGAAGAUUGUCGUAUCGGAGAGCGGCUGGCCGUCCGAAGGCGGUGAUGCAGCUAGCGUCGAUAACGCAGGGACUUACUACAACAAUUUGAUUAAUCUUGUGAAGGGUGGGACUCCAAAGAAGCAGGGACAAGCAAUAGAAGCUUACUUGUUUGCCAUGUUUGAUGAAAACCAAAAGGGUGGUGCAGCAAUUGAGCAACAUUUUGGUCUCUUCCUCCCUAACAAACAACCCAAGUACCAAAUCAGUACUUUUGGUUAAUUAUAGAAGUGAUCAUAGCCAUGCAUGUUAGCUUAAAUAAGAGUGCCUUGAGCCCAUGUAUCCAUGCACUCUACAAUAUUAAUAACUCUUCUAAUAAACAUGUUUAUGAAUUCAUGUGACAUAAAUGAAGAUUUUCCUUUUCCCCA